AUGGUGAAGUAUUCUCGCGAAGCGGCUGUCGCCUCGAAGUCGGCGAAGGCUAUGGGUGUGGACCUCCGCACUUCCUUCAAAAACACUUACAACGUGUGCCAGGCUAUCAAGGGAUUCAAGCUCGAAGAUGCCAAGACCUACUUGAACGUACCUUCCGGAUUUCUAGCAUAGUUUUUGAUUCUUUGGAAAACUAUCCAUGUGCGUUCUACUUCUUGUAACAACUUUUUUGUUUGCAUGGCCGUCUCGAUAUUCGUCACUACUGCACUUUCGAACGACGACAAGCUUAAAAGUAGAUCAAAGUUGCCUGACCGCCAUCUCUUUAGAUUCGAGAUUUCGGAUGUUUGCUUCAUGUUCCCAUCACCUUCAUCUCUCCAAAAUUGCAGGCGGUCCUCGAGAAGAAGCGCUGCAUCCCAUUCCGCCGUUUCAAGAGCGGGGUCAGCCGCACUGGUCAGGCUAACGAAUUCAAGACUGUCCAGGGUCGCUGGCCGGAGAAGUCCGUCAAGGUUGUCCUUGGCCUUCUUCAGAACGCUGGGUCCAACGCCGAGUUUAAGAGCUUGGAUAUGGACAAGCUGGUACACUAGUAGAUUUUGGUCCAAAAUGUUGUUCACACUCUAGAAUCGGUUUGUACGUUGUAUGUCAACUCCUAGCAUCGCCCAUUUGCUUAAUAAGUUAGACAAGGAAUAUCUGUUGCCACGAAAAGCUCGGUAUAAACCUGAUACGAUGCAGUGCAAAAAUGAUUUAGAACUAUGGUUCGUUUGCCAAAAAUCCUUAUCGACGAAACAAAAAAAAACGUGUUAUCAUAACAGGUGAUCACCCACAUCCAAGUGAACCGAGCCACCCAGGGCCGCCGUCGCACUUACCGUGCCCACGGUCGUAUCAACGCCUACCAGAGCAGCCCGUGCCACGUCGAAAUGAUCGUCGCUGAGGCUGACGAGGAUGUCGAGAAGGCUCCGGAUAGCAAGGCGAAGAAGUUCACCAAGAAGCAGUUGGCCAAGCGCCGCGUGCUUGAAUCCAACUAAUGCUAAGGUCUUGUGUCGCCGAAACUAGAGAUGGAUUUCAAAACCAUGGCCAGUAGUCUCAUCUUCUUGUAAUCUGAGGAGAAGGGGAAGACGACGACCAGAGCAGUAUCGGGAGACGCUUGUCAGUCACUGUUGUCAUUUCAUGUGCUUGUGAAAGGGAGGACCAAGGGUGUGAACAGGAUAGCCGUAGGGAAUGCUCCUCUGCCGUUGCUCAGAAAUAUGUCUCUUCUUUUAGAACAAUGAAAUGAGCCGACUGAUCAGGAGACGAGGAGCUAAUCAAAAAAAGGCGAGGAAAAGGCUGUUGCCAUGAGAAGUGUGGGCAAAUCCAUGUGUUCGCAACGACUGUUCAUCUGUUUUGACAAAGC